AUGGAAGGCCGUUAUGUAAACAUUGUGAUUCCCAGAAGACAAGAAUACCUGACACUGUGUGAGGUGGAGGUCAUUGGUCAGCCUUCAGGAAACACUGAUCCAACUGGUACAAACAUUGCUAAAGGUGGGAAAGUGACUCAGUCCUCCCUCUAUGAGAAUGCUGUCCCUGAAAGGGCCAUUGAUGGAAAUCAUGCUAGCAGCUGGCCAGAGGGAUCCUGUGCACACACACGGAGGGAUCAAAAUCCAUGGUGGAGUCUGGACCUCCUAAAGACGUAUGCGAUCAGCACUGUCACCGUCACAAACAGACGAGAUUGUUGCCCCGAAAGGCUCAAUGGUGCUGAGAUCCGCAUUGGAAAUUGCCUCAUUGACAACAGCAACGCUAAUCCCAGAUGUGCUGUGAUCUCAUCUAUCGCUGCUGGAACCACACAAACCUUUGUGUGUAAAGGAAUGGAAGGCCGUUAUGUAAACAUUGUGAUUCCUGGAAGACAAGAAUACCUGACACUGUGUGAGGUGGAAGUCACUGGUCAGCCUUCAGGUACAAAUAUUGCUAAAGGUGGGAAAGUGACUCAGUCUUCACUGUAUGAAAACGCUGUCCCUGAAAGGGCUAUUGAUGGAAAUCGUGCUAGCAACUGGCCAGAAGAUUCCUGUUCAGCCACAGAAAUGGAUCAAAAUCCAUGGUGGAGUCUAGACCUCCUGAAGACAUAUUCUAUCAGCACUGACACCAUCACCAACAGACAAGAUUGUUGCCAUGACAGGCUUAAUGGCGCUGAGAUCCACAUUGGAAAUUCCCUCAAUGACAAUGACAACGACAACGCUAAUCCCAGAUGUGCUGUGAUCUCAUCUAUUUCACCUGGGGCCUCACAAACCUUUGUGUGUAAAGGAAUGGAAGGCCGUUAUGUAAACAUUGUGAUUCCUGGAAGACAAGAAUACCUGACACUGUGUGAGGUGGAAGUCACUGGUGUCGGAGGGUUCUGUCAGCCCCAGUUCUACAGGGGAGCAAUAAGAACUCUGUACCUCAACCGACGCCAAUUCCGACGUACGUUCCGGCUAGAGGCUAUGCAGAGGCGUAGCAACCGCUCCAGCCAGUACGCUCCAACAGCGGCAUACACGGCAUUGUGGUUGGCUUUGGCUGCGGAGCUGUGGGUGAUACAGUUUUACCACAGACUGCACGUGACAAAUGUCCCCCACCUUUACCUCGAUGAACGACCCUGGUCACGUAGAGGUACUGCAGACAGAGAUAUCCACCCUCUUGGCAAAAGCAGCCAUACGGGAGGUGGAGUCUGGGGAUCCGCAGGCUGGUUUUUUCUCAGGGGGCUCAACAAAUACCUCCACCCCCAGAGAUGCAAGAUGUUGACGGUCCCCAGGGUAAGGCAGUCCAUCACAGCAGGGGAUUGGUUUGCCACCAUCGACCUCAAGGAAGCGGCACCCCGGACCUUCACCCGCUGCAUGGAUGCGGUCAUUGCACCCAUGAGGCAGCGGGGUCUCAGGAUCCUCAAUUACCUCGACGAUUGGUUGAUUUGUGCGGAUUCAGAGGACCUAUGCCGCUGUCAUGUAGCUCUGCUUCUGGAGCACACUGGGGCCUGGGCCAAGAAGAGAUUUGGUCGGGUCAAGAAGAGAUUUGGUCGGGUCCUCGCUGGUGGCGGGACCCGACCAAUAUACAGAGAGGAGGUGAAUAAUGAUGAAGAUGAAGAUGAUGGCAUGGAGAACAAUGAAAACUCUGGGGACCCUUCUGCCUCUGCCAGACCCCACUGA